GUACAGUUACACCAGCCCCAGAAACACCUGUGUUGUUUGUCGACAUACAUACGACUUAAUUAGCUCGAUCGUACGGAGUUCCUUUUAUUUAUAUCCUUCCAUGAAUUGUCCCAUUUUUCACACCACUUCCUUCAAAAUUUCCAUGUUCAGAAACAAUAUCGAAACAUUUAUCGUCACCCUAAUCUGAAACACAGGUUGAAUGGUACACACAUUUAGGAGCAACUCCGCUUCUUCUUUCAUGCCGUCUCCAUAUUAUUUAAAAUCAGCUCCUUCCAUUGAACCUCUUAUCUCACAGGCGGUCAGGACGACUUCUUUCAUCUCCUGUAAACAAGCUUGGUACUACCGCUGCCACGGCCUUGACCCUUAAACUUACCUACACUCUUCUGUUACAAAAAUGAGGAGGAACUUUUCAGAUAAUAAGAUGAUCAUGAGCUCCUACUCGCACUCUUACUCGGGGGAGAUGAAGAAGAGCGGUUCUAGUAACAAGAAGGGAAACUGUUUUGAGUGUCGAAAGGGAGGUUUCGACAACAGUAGUAGCAACAAACGGUUGUUGGUAAUUGUGAAUGUGUUAGGAAGUGCAGGGCCUUUGAGGUUUCUAGUAAAUGAGGAAGAUGUUGUUUGUGGAGUUAUUGACAGUGCUUUGAAGUUGUAUGCUAAGGAAGGUCGUCUUCCUGUUAUGGGUUCUGAUUCUAACAAGUUUCUUCUUUACUGUUCCCAUGCUGCUUCUGAUGCGUUGAGCCCAUGGGACGAGAUAGGAUCAUGUGGAGGGAGGAACUUUGUGUUGUGCAAGAAGCCGGAGCAGGAAUCAAACAUGACUGAAGCAAGAUCACACAUGAUUUCACAAAAACGGGGUGGGAGUUGGAGAACCUGGCUCAACAAAUCCUUAAGUUUAAAAAUAUAAAUUUAAUUGUAUUCGGUUAUUGUAAUAGUGUGAAAAGUGGCAUGAAUAUCAAUUAGAGAUUGAAUAUGUACCCUUAUAUUUGUCGUCAUUGUAAAAAGUCUAUGAGUAUGAUGUAUUAUAUGUGUAUUUUAGUAUUUGAAAUACUAUAUUAUAUGAUUGAGAAUAAAUAAAAUAACUUGCUACCUGAGUGUGAUUGAUUCAAAUA